GUGACAGAUAAAAUGUCAAAAUAACUACUGCAUCGCGAUCGCGAAGGAUGAUUUACUAUUCUACAUAAUUGAAAAUAAAUGAAUAUGGAUCCCUGUGAAAUAGAAUUUAUUGGAGAAAACAGAAUCGUUAGUAUAAUUCCAAAUUUCACAUACGACAAAAUCUACUUGAUAUGCGGUGAAUUUGGGCCUUUUCGAGCUGGUUUGCCGGUAAAUGUACCUUUGUGGUUAGCUGUGAUGUUGAAACAGAAGCAGAAGUGUCGAAUUGUACCACCUGAUUGGAUGGAAGUAGAUGCUUUAGAGAAUGUUAAAGAGGAAGAAAAAAGAUCCAGGUUUUUCACAAAAAUGCCAAAUGAGCACUACAUGGUUGAAGCAAAACUGAUAUUAGGAUGUGCUGCCGAAGACAUCCCAAACGCCCCACAGAUAAAAACGAUCAUAAAAGACAUAUGGGACAUCCGUAUGUCUAAAUUGAGGACUUCCAUGGACGCUCUAAUGAAGUCCGGAGGCAGUUAUGGUAGGCUGGACCACCUCACGAUGAUGGAAAUCAAUUCUGUGAAGCCUCUCCUACCGUCAGCUAUGGAUGAUCUGCUUAGGAUACAAAUGAUGGCGCGCAAAACGGCUCCAACUAAUUUGAAUAACUCCACAUUCAGCCAGUCAGGAAGUUCUCAAAAUAUUUAAUAAGUCACUUUGUUAGUUAGACAAGUCUCACAUUAUGCCAUUAACGAAGGCUGGCCCAACAAGUUUUUGUCGGCAACUUUUUAAUUUCAUAUAAAUAAAACUCAAACUCAGAAAUAUUUUUUGCAAUAACUGUGUUGUCAUUAUAGGCGCUAUAACGCGUCGGUGAGCUAUGUCGGCGGUUUUUACAUAUUAAAAAGGGAUGAGAAUGGCUAUAUGUAAAUAGUAUCUAUAUAUUAUGUAAUAAUGUUUUUUUACCAUACAAAUUGAACCAUGAUUGAACCAUCAUUGUUAUCAUACAAAUGCACAAUAAAUAUAAAUUUGCAAUCAUGAAGUAAAAGAACAAUUUGUGGUUUGUUUCUUUUCAUUGUCUCACUGGAAAAAUACGUAUCAGAAUUUUAAUAAUCUAAAUUGAAAAUCAGCUUUCAUAAGAUCUAGUUUCUCAGCCUAUGGUCGUUUUAACCUCUGUGAUUCUUUAACAUUGUUGAAAUAUGUUACUUUUUAUUAAGAUCAGUGCCUGUUAAGUAUAAAUAAAAUGUUUGCAUGUUAAAAAUCAUUAUAACUGUGAUAAUUAAAUAUUUGUUAAAGUA